UCGACGGCGCGAUGAGCAGGCGGCCCCGCGACGAGCCCUCCUCCUCCUACUCCUCCUCCCAAAAGCGCCACAACCCAGGCGUCGCCGGCGGCGGGUAUGGGGGCCAGCAAGCCUACUCGGAGGACCAGAUCCAAUCGAUGCACGUCGCGGACCACUACAGCGCCCGGACGAACCAGUCGCUCGAGGAGCGCGAGAACAGCCCCAUCAUCCACCUCAAGAAGCUCAACAACUGGAUAAAGAGCGUCCUCGUACAGCUGUACACGCGUCCAGGGGACCGCGUUCUUGAUCUUGCUUGCGGCAAGGGAGGUGAUUUGAUCAAGUGGGAUAAGGCCAGGGUUGGCUACUAUGUAGGGGUCGAUAUUGCGGAAGGCUCGAUAAAAGAUUGUAUGACCCGUUUCAAUGGUGAUUCUGAUCAACAACGACGCAAGAAGUUCAGUUUUCCUGCACGCCUUAUUUGCGCUGAUUGUUACGAGACUCGUCUGGAUAAGUAUUUAUCCGAGGAUGCUCCAUUUGACAUAUGCAGCUGCCAGUUUGCAAUGCAUUACUCAUGGUCAACUGAAGCACGUGCAAGACAGGCCCUUGCUAAUAUAUCUGCAUUGCUUCGUCCUGGAGGCACUUUCAUUGGGACAAUGCCUGAUGCUAAUGUCAUCAUUAAAAGGCUAAGAGAAACUGAAGCAAUGGAGUUCGGGAACAGUGUUUACUGUAUUACUUUUGGUGAAGAGUACGCUGAAAAGAAAUUCCCUGCAUCCAGACCUUUUGGUAUCAAGUACAAGUUUCAUUUAGAGGAUGCAGUUGAUUGCCCGGAGUGGGUUGUUCCAUUCCAUCUCUUCAAACUACUGGCGGAGGAGUAUGAUCUAGAGCUGGUUCUGAUGAAGAACUUCCAUGAAUUUGUAAACGAGUACUUGCAAAAGCCAGAUUUUGCUGAUCUCAUGCGGAGGCUGGGUGCUCUUGGUGAUGGACGAGACAAGAGUACCCUAUCGCAGGAUGAGUGGGAAGUAUCCUAUCUCUACCUUGCAUUUGUUUUGCGGAAGCGAGGCGCUGCUCCCUCUCAGCGGAGAGUCGGCAAUACUAGCAGAGGGAAGACCUUCCUUGCCGAGGAGGACAUCGAGGUUCUCUCCAUAUAAAGCAGACUGCCAUCCUGGAGCUUACUAACAACUUACUGAUUCUAUGCUUCACAUCGUGUAAAAGAAAGCUGAUCUUUAGUGGUUCACCUUUUAUUUUUCCAAUCUGUUGCAUAACUUUGCCAAGUGUAAUGUAUAAUCAGCAUGGUCUCAAUGAAUCAUGAUGUAAUUUUGCAGGGAUGGAUAAAUAUUAGGUGUCAGUUCACACAAAAGUUUUUAUAUACUGAACAUUUUAAAGUGAUUCACGUGUUUUCCC